CGGGAGAGGAGUUCCAGACUAGCUGCGAUGAUUCCAUAGCCUGAAAUUCACAGGAAAACAGCCACUACAAGUUAGCUACAUUGUGUCUGUGGGAGACCAUGGACACCCCAGUGAGGGCCAAGACAGUGACCUCUGAUCUCCAGAAGCCUCUGGACUCGCUGAACCAGUGUACCAAGCUUGAGAAAAGUGCAUCUGCACACUCUGGCUGCGGUAUGCUAUUAGUGCUGUGUGCCGUAUCCGUGGCCUCUCUAAGUGGACUCAUGUUGGGUUAUCAGAUGGGUCUAAUCUCUGGAGUUCUGCUACAACUCAGAGAGCUUCUGAGUCUGUCUUGCCCACAACAGGAACAAGCAGUGGGGGCGCCUCUGCUCGGAGCCUUGCUCCUCUCCCUGCUUGGGGGUUCUGUGGUCGACCGCUAUGGCCGUCGUUUCUCCAUCAUACUAACUGCCGCGCUGUGUGUGGGGGGCACACUUCUGAGCACCUGCGUAGUGUCCUUCUGGGCACUAAUAGUUGGGCGGGCCAUGGUUGGCAUGGCAACGGCGCUCUCGGGCACCGCCUCGUGUCUCUACAUGGCAGAGGUGGCACCGCAAGCUUGGCGAGGGCGCUGCGUGUGCGCCUAUGAGCUAAUGGUGGUACUUGGCGUCCUUCUAGGUUUCAGCAUAAGCUGGGCACUGGCUGGCACGCCCGAGGGUUGGCGCUACACGCUCGGCGGUGCCGUCCCACCUGCACUGCUGCAGCUGGCAGUAAUGCCCUUUCUACCUUGUAGCCCACGCUUCCUGUUGGCCCGGCGACGAGAAGAGGAGGCCUACGGUGUGCUGGUACGACUGCGGGGGACGUGGCUGAAGGAAGCAGUGGAGGAGGAGCUCAGAGAUAUCAGGGCAGCGCUGGGAGCAGAACGACAACACGAGUUUCGGGAUCUUUUCAGCUCUCAGGACAACAUGAGGUGGAGGCUGGGUGUGGGCGUGGCACUCGUGGUCCUACAACAGGUCACAGGACAGCCCAAUCUGCUGGCCUACGCCUCCACGGUACUCCGUAGUGUGGGUUUCCAUAGCAAUGAGGCCGCCACUCUGGCCUCCACAGGUCUGGGUGUGGUCAAAGUGGCUGGGACCAUCCCUGCCAUGCUGCUGGUAGACAGGGUGGGGCCAAAAGCGUUCCUAUGUGUGGGUGCAGUUGUUAUGACGCUCUCGACAGUUACACUAGGGGCGGUCACCAUGCAAAGCCAAACUCAAGUGUCAAGUUUAUGUCAGGCUCCCACAGGAGUUAACCACACCUCCCUGGUGUGGACAAACGGAGCUGCUGCCAGGACAGACUCACCUCUAGGCUUGUAUCGCCCUGAUCUCUUUCACACUGACUCGCUCAACCAUACCCUCUAUAGUAUCAGCUCCACCCAGACAGGAAAUGUGAGCCUCAUAAGGAACAUAAAUUUCACAAAGGAUUAUGGGAUUGAUUUGGAAGUCUCUAGAAGGACAGGAGAUGAUUCUCGGAUAGAACUAGAGGUCACUUCUGUGUCUAGUUCUCUGAAAUGGAUCUCUCUGGUGAGCCUGCUGGUAUACGUGACAGGAUUCUCUUUUAGCCUCGGACCAAUGGUGCACGUGGUUCUGAGUGAGAUCUUCCCCACAGGGAUCAGAGGGAAGGCUGUGUCUGUUGUUUCUGCCUUCAACUGGGCUUCCAACCUGCUCAUAUCAAUGACCUUCCUAACACUUACAGAAUGGAUUGGUUUGCCAAAUGUGAUCUUCUCCUAUGCUGCCAUGAGUUUCAUUCUGCUGGUGUUUGUGAUUCUGUUUGUGCCGGAGACCAAGGGCCGAACACUGGAACAGAUCUCUAAAGAGCUGGCAAUGAAAAACCACCUGGAUGGCAGCCUUCUGUGUCUCCGCCGGCGAACCCAGAUGAAGACAGACACCCCAAAGGAAGAGAAGACACUGACCUCUGUUUGAUUACUGACUCUAGAGAAAGAGAGAGACUGUAGGAUGACAACGAUGAAUUUUGCAAUGACAGAACAAUUUUAUGUAAAUUUGACGUUGCGUCAUCUUAGUGUAUGGAGCCCCAGUGCGUUACACUGAAUGAAUUGUGUCUCUGACUCUGAGAAACAUUAUAGACGAGGCACGUGUUGUCCGAACGAUUGCAGCCGAAUCUCCACUCAAACCCUCUGAGAUCUCUGAGCUGUCUGGAGUUGUCUGCCACAGAACUGGGGACCUGGGCGCCAGGACCACUGCUGGAUCACAUUUAUUGAUUUGUCUUAAUCUUUUUUUUUAACAGUAACAACAACAAAAAUACUUGUUUAAAAAAAAUUUGACUUAAAGCUGCUGAACAUUUAUAUUGAUUUUAUCACUUUGAAAGAAAUCAGUGUAUGUUGUGAAUUCUUUU